AUGCUAAUGGUGUUGCUGGCUUACAAUUACAUAGUGAAAUACGCUCCUCAUGACGUCCAAAUAGGAAGAUCCACUGUGAGUCGAUGCGGCGUUGAACGUUUGCGUGAAGAUCGUCGUAGUGGUGGUCCUGGCGGUGCCGAUGAGCAUGGCGGUCACUGGUAUCAAAUGCGCCCGCCAGCAGCGAAGAUCGUUCGAUCACAGAACGAGCUGCUUCAAAUUUUCGGCUCGGAUUUUUACGGUACAAACAGCAGAAGUAGGGAACAGAAAGGUGAACAGAAUCCCCUUAGUGUACUACUGGCUGGAUUACGUGACACGCUAGCAGAUGGCGGAGCUGUUCGCGUGCCAUAUUAUCCCCCUCAGGCGGUCACUGUUAUCAAAUGCGCCCGCCAGCAGCGAAGAUCGUUCGAUCACAGACGGAGAAAAUCUGUGCAAUGCGUGAGGAUUCUUCCGCAGUCCGCAUGGCAAAAUCCAGCAGUGCGUCUUUACCCUCGCCAAUCAAAUGCUUGUUUAAUCCUGAACGCAGAAGGAUUCGACGAGGAUUUCGCCAAAUAA